GCGGGUCGACAUCAGACAUGGCCCAUGGCGUCGUCCGACUCCUGUGGAUAGCGUGGCUGCUCGUACUCGCCGCCGUGACCGUGCAUGGCCUCGACACCACGGGCGGCGUUGUCUACUGCUGGGCGGACGCGGCGCCGUCCACGAUGUACCAAGGCGCCAACUGCGGCUUUGAGACGCUCCUCCUCGUGCCCAACGGCGAGCCGCGCCAGCCGCUGCAGGGCAUUGCGUUCACCGCUAAGUACGUUGGCCCGUCGGCGCUGGGUUUCGACCUCGCCCAGAUCCAGUUCAGCCGGCGCAACCAAAGCGAACCGCCAGCGCAGGUCGCCGACAGCUACGUCGGACUCUUCCUCAGCAACGAGACGACGUCCCAGGGCGACGCGGUGCCGUCCGCCUUGCCGUACCUCGCGGUCUCGUCGUCCGUGCGCAAGAACCUCACGGCCGUCGGUGCCACGAGCUUGGCGCCGCCCGAGCCCCUGCUGCUGCCCGACCGCGCCGGCGGCUUGAUCGUCCUCGCGCGCUUCUCGGUCGCCAACCUCCAAGGCUCCACCUUCCACUUUGCAACCUUUCGAUCCAUUGACGUCCAGUACCCGAUACCGAGCCGCUUUCCCGUAACCUACGAUGCGACGACCACGUACUGCUGGACGACCGACCAAGUGGCCUACGAUCGGCUCGUCACUCGCGGCGACACGACAGGGUUUUCCGCCGACUGCCCCAUAGCACUCAACGUUACGUCGCCAUUGGCCGCGCAGAGCCUGUCGCCGAUCCCGAUCACGUGGUCGCUCCGGGUCCGCUCCGACUACGCGGGUGCGAUGCGCAUUUCGCCGAGCACUGUUUUGCACACGGCGGUGCAUUUGUGCAGCAACGUCGACGACGGCUACUGCCACAUUUUCAACCAAAAGCCGUACGCGGCGUCGUCCCAGGACCUCGCUGGCAACGUGAGCGAGUCCAGCCAGUCGGCGUCGUUUGCGACGACGCUCCUGAGCCUGCCCACGGGGCUCUACCUCGGGUUUGCACAUGUCGUCAUGCGCGGUCUCGACGGACGCAACGUGCACAUGGCCACGUAUUUUCAGCUCAAAGUCGACUUGACAACGUCGUCGGCCGACGACUCGUCCUUCGCGCCCAACACGACGUACUGCUGGAAGCUCUUUGCGCCGACCGCGAUCCCUUACGUCUCGGCCGCCUCGAUGCUCGGAACACACUCGACCGGGUCGUCGUGCCCUGCGGCGAUUACACUCCGCGGUCUCGACGCCACGCCGGCGCUCAACGCCUCGACGCUCGUCGCGUGGCAAGUGGCGCCCGACAACAGCGCGGUGAGCCACCUCGUGGAGCUCCCGGCCAACUGGAGUGUCGCUUCAUCGCGCGUCGUGACGUGCUCGGCGCCGUGCUCGCCGUUUACGGGGUCAUCGCUCGCGAGCUCGCCCUUCACGCCUAGCAACGGGACGACCGCCGCCUCCCUGCGCUGGACCGUCCCGGGCUCGUACGUAGUGUACGCGUGGGCGACGCUCAACACGCUUCAGGGCACGCGCCUCGACAUUGCGACGUUCCAGACGAUUACAAUUGCAGCGCCGACAAGCAACAAUGCAGGCUCCUCGGCGCUCUCGACGACUACGAUUGUGCUCAUCGCCUCCACGUGCGUCGUCGCAGUAGCGCUCUUUGCGCUCCUUGGCGUGAGCUACUACAAGCAGCGUCAGCACAAGCGCAUGCUCUGGACGCAGUGGCAGCUCUCGCGCGCCGGCCUCUACUCGUACGGCGGCAGUCCGUGCCCGAUUGCGAGCCAGCACUCAGACAUCCCGAUCAUGCAAGGCGCGGUCAUGGACACGUCCCGCAUUGCCGUCCACGACUCGUUCUCGGAAGCCCAUGACGACGACGAGAGCAACCAGAUGCGGCACAACGUCGACUUGCAGUACCUGCAACAGAACCGCAUCGAGUACCCGAUCCACCGCGGCCGCAUCGCGUCGAACGCCACGUCGUACUAUGGCAUGGACCCCACGCGCCCGACGCGCACCAAGUCGAGCGCCUCGGCGCGAAGGGACCGCAACUCGUCCAUCUUGUACGACCCGACGCGACAAGCCCGAGCGUCGUCCCACCCGGUCCUGGACUACGACCCGACGCGGGACCGGAACGCCAGCAUCACGAGCAAUCACCACCAGAUGCUGAUGCCACGGCCCUUGUACAAUGGUCAUGAGGCAGCGCCCGAGUCGCCGCGGCCAUCGUCGGUCGCGUCGACAGGCUCGAUCAUGGCCACAUAUGGCCACUCCAUGUACGCGAUGCAGAGCAGUCAUCCGUCCUAAUACUACUUACGUGUUGUCGUUUAUCG